AAAAAAUGCUUGCCAAAGUUUGGAAUGCUCAUUUUGAGUCAAUACUGAAAUGCGCACCCUCUAGAUCUACCCUAGUCGUUGACUCUGCUUCAGCAGAAUUGUUACAUUGGCAGUUCGUCAAUAGCCAGUUAACCGACAAAUUCAGUGACAUCAAAUAUUUUUCGUCCUUCUCACAGAUCUCCAACACUACGGAGGCAGUGUCUAUUUUAAUCGACAAUAUCAUCUCAAAAGAUACAUAUCAAACGAUACAAGAUAUUAUCAGAGCCUCGUCUUCUGUUACGCGUUAUGUUAUUAUCACUCCUUUUUCGGAAAAUUUUCACGCUAGUUUUCAAUCGAAUCAGCAAGAAAAUUUACAGAACUUUGACGGAAUCAAAUAUAAAUUGCGAGCUAUUCCUGGAGGAAGUAGAAUAGUCGACAUACAGCAUAUCCCAUUUCAGUCGGCACUUAUAGAUGAAGCUAUGAACUUCUUUGUCACGCCAUCUUUCACAGCGACUAGUUUAUCAGAACAAUUCGCAGAAUUUACGAACACUAUUGAGCCAUCGUCGUCCUCCAUACUUGAUUCUUUGCCUUCAAAUUUUCAACUGGGAGUGAAGAAAUUCUGCGGCAAUUUCUGGCGACUGAUGACGGAUAUGGAAGCUCAAGCUAUUCCGUUUUCAGUCGGAAAAACAAGUCGAAUCAUUUCCGAACACUUGGCGAGCAUUCCAGCGCCUAAGUCGGCUACGAAUAAAUUCGCUGUCGUUUUUAUAGACAGAUGUUUGGAUCUAGUUGCCCCUUUACAGCCUUCGGAUAGAUGUUUUGCUGAUCAAGUGUACAAAUGUUUCCCUGAGUUGAGCGAAAACAGCAGCGAUUUACAAAUUCCAAUUAACCAAAUGAUUUUGAAGCAUAUUAAAAUUCCCGGUUGUCUCUCCAACCCGAAUAACGCCACACAUCAAGCCAUUUUCCGCAAACUUUUUACGGGCAAAAAGAAAGAGCUGCAAAAUGCAAGCAUUCGAAUCCUGAAUGAAAUAUGUACAAAAGGUGAUAUUAAAAUUUCCGAGAAAAUUAAUAAAGCAUCGUUUGAAAACGCCGAAAAAUUACUGCGAGCAAUUGAAACUAAUCGGAAAGUUCUGAUGGAAAAUAUAAGUGUAGUCAGCGUGGUUAUCGCCAUUUGGUUAGCUUGCGAGGAUAAAAGUUUUGACGAGAAAUAUAAGUUACAGAAGUUAUUCAACCAACAGUUUCAAGACGUAGAACCAUCUUUCGAUUCAGUUUGCGAUUUACUUGUUAAUAUAAUUGAAUCAGAAUGCGAUAAUUUAUCAAUGGAUGAUAGUUUUGCUUUUGUUGUUUCUUGUUUCUCGCUUUGUGAAGCGGAUGGGUCGUAUUUUCCCCGCGAAAAAGUGAGCAAACUUUUUGCAGCUUUGCUGAAAAAGUCCGUUGUUCGCAAAGAAGACGACAAAGGUGACGAGAAUUCAGUAGCUCGUUUUCUUAACUCUGAGGAUGACUUUAUGAAGCUGUUAGCAUGUGUAUCAACUAGCAGGGGCAAUCUUGUAGAUUAUGUGUCACUGUUUGAAGUUGAAGAUACGAUUCCAACUUACAAACCGUUAGUUGAACAAAUAGCAGAGGAUAUAUUCAAAAAAGACCCAAACAAGACGUUAAACGAUAUAGUGUGUGCGACAGCAAUUACAAAUCUGAAAAGUCUGAUCAAAACUAGCUUCAGCUACUUCAUGCCAGUUAGCAAACCGAGGCCCUCAGAUUACCCGAAUAUAAUAUUUUUUGUAGUGGGGGGAAUAACGCCGGCUGAAAUCAAAAUGAUCAAAGAUUCUGCGUUGAUGUAUAACAGCACAGCUAAAGUGUACAUCGGAUCUAAUAAAAUAUUGGGUCAUCCUUGUACCAUUCUAAACUCGCUGGCAGAAAUAAAGUAAACUUUAAAAAUUAUCGAAUUAAUGUAAAUUUAGUAAUGAUGAAAGGUGAUGGGUGGUUAAAAGCAUUGUCAAUACUUGCAAUUGCAUUAUAUUUGAUAGCAAAAUUGAAACUGUCUCUUUCCUUUGA